ACAAAAUUUGCAAACCAAAGUACUCCUCGCAUUCUCCACAAGCUUGAAAAUCUAUUCUCGCUUCUCUCUUUCUUCCAAGUGUUUUUUUUAAAUCCAGCCCCUUUUUAAUAAGGCGAUAAUUAAGUUUCCUUAUUAAGCAUGGCGAUUCGGUUAUCACAAAUCCUACGACAAUCGAGCUUAUUGUUUGCAAACAAAGCAGCAUCAUCAUCUUCUGUUGGUGUUCCAAAAGGCUACAUUGUAGUGUAUGUUGGAGAGUUUGAAAAGAAGCGAUUUGUCGUUCCGAUAUCAUUCUUGAGUCAGCCUUCAUUUCAAGAGUUGCUAAGGAAGGCAGAGGAAGAAUUCGGAUACAAUUAUCCGAUGGGUGGACUCACAAUUCCUUGUAGAGAAGACAUCUUCAUUGACCUCACUUCCCGCUUGAAUUAAUGGAUUGUGAUUUGCAGCAUAUAUACACGCACUACUUAAUGUAUGAAUUAGGAGAGAAUUUUGUAAAGUAAUCUUGUACUUGUACAUUCUUUUUUCUAGUGUUUUCCCUUUGGAGGAAAUUGUAUGACCACCCAAAAAGUUUAUCAAUGACAUAAUUCAAUCGAAUUUUUUC